AUGGAGAGCCUCAGCAGUCAGGAGAACCUGGGAUCGCCUGACCAUGCGAGUGGCAGCAAACGAUCAGUGGAACUCGAUGAUGCACAGCUUCCUGUGGAGAAGCAUGCCAAGACCAAUGGCCCCGCUGGAGCCGACGUCGUGCGGCUCUUGGGUGAGUUGCCGGAUAGUCCAACCAAGACGGCGCUGCUGGCAAUUCUCGCAACGCCCCCGACUGCAGUGCCGGCCAUUGUGCCCCCUGCAGCAAUGCCAUCUCCAGCCGGAGAUCCUGCUGCCGUGCCGCCUCAGGGUGUGAUCCCAACAGUGCCAUCUCCAGCCGGAGAUCCUGCUCGUGCUGUGCCGCCUCAGGGUGUGAUCCCAGCAAUGCCAUCUCCACCCGGAGAUCCUGCUGCCGUGCCGCCUCAGGGUGUGAUCCCAGCCGAAGAUUGUGUUGGUGCUGUGCCGCCUCAGGGUGUGAUCCCAGCAAUGCCAUCUCCACCCGGAGAUCCCGCUGCUGUGCCGCCUGAGGGUGUGAUCCCCUCAUUGCCAUCUCCAGCCAGAGAUCCCGUGCCAUCGAAUGCUGCACCUCCUCCGGCCGGUAGCAUUGCUGCCGUACUGACGAGUUUGUCAGCUGUGCCUUCCCAAGCGACAGCUCCUGUGCUUCCAGCUCCGCCGACGCUUCCGCAAGCACCCUCUGCAGUGCAGGAUCAGGCACUGGUGCCAAGCCGCGGUGGCGGCGGAUGGCUUUGCAACUCAAAGACGCACGCGGCGGAAUGGAAGUCGUAUGGCAGAUGGGUCGCGCGGAACCCGGAUGCCACGCAGCUCAGUGCUGCCUACAACAAGGGUGCCGAUGCUCGUCUUGCAGCAUUUCAAAAAUGGGUGCACUCGGGGGGGAACGGAAAGGCUGUGGAAGCUUGUAUGCGUAUGGUGCGGUCUUCUGAAGAGCUGCACAGGGACAGUGGACGAUAUGUCCCCUGGACGGCGGUCUUGCAGCACUUCCGCAAUGAUGCCACACAGGCAAUGGACUUCGCUGCGAGGCGCAGGGGUGAGGAGAAGGGUGUUUCCAAGUGCCGGAACACGGGGCAAGAAACCUUUUUGCUCUUCAAUGAUGAGACCAGAGAGUGGACGGAUCGCAAGCUCGACGAGGUCGCGAUUGAAGUCGGUGCCGAUCUAGAAGCCGCGACUCAGCUUGCUCACCUUAUCAGCUCGUCGCCGCAGCUCUUCCGAAGGGGUCAUGAUGACAUGCCACGCGACAACGAGCCCGUGGAUGAUGGGGAGGCCGACAAGCAGAUCCAUGUGGAGCUCCCGGCAUUGGGGCUGGAGAAUUUCGAAUCCCAAGAGCGGUUGUGCGAGCUGAUCAACCAGUCGAAGGAAGGAAUGUCCACUGCGAGAAAGGACCAUCCCGGGCUAGCCAGGUUCACCGAAACAUGGGCCGGCUAA